GGAAAACUACCAGUCAAGUGGAUGGCCAUUGAAUCUCUAAAAGACCAAACCUACGAUUCUAAAAGCGACGUGUAUGAUUAAAGUUCAACUAAUCUCAAUUAUCAUUUUUGGUGAUCAAUUAUGAUGUCAGUAAUAUCUGAGUCAUUCUAAGAAGAAAUGUAUUAUGUUUUUGUAGCAAAAACGUCAUCGUGAUCAACAUUUUUACUGUCAAAAUUCCCCGAUAUUAUGUCAUAAGAUGAAGUUGCUACAAGCCUGUUGCGAACACAUCUUGUUGUUGACAAGUUGUGAGUGACAACCUUGCAGCAACUUGAUAAAGUAACAGCAUUGUUACAACUUGUUGACAAGCUUGCUACAAGCCUGUUGCGAACACAUCUUAUUGACAAAUUGUUGGAACAGCAUUGUUACAACUUGUUUCGAACACCUCUUGUUGACAAGUUGUGAGAUUUUUAAGUGUGUUAUAACAUCAUAUCUGGCAGUUGUAACUUACAAUAAAAAAGUUGAAGUUUCCUACUAUAAAGAUAUGCCAUUUCUUAGAAUGACUAGAAUAUUACCCUAUACCAAAAAUCAGAUUUGGAAUUAGUGGCACUUUAACAAUAAACCAUCUAUCGCUAGUCAAAAAGAGAUAUUAUAUAUUUUAGAAAAGUCAUUCUUAACUUUAGGUGGUCCUAUGGAGUUCUCUUCUGGGAAAUUGAAAGUGCUGGUAAAUAUCUAAGUGACGUCAGUAGAUGUUCUGCGGUAGUUUUUUCAUAAAAGGUGAAAACGUGUCAGCAUUCAAUUUUGGUAUUUUUUACAGGCAUGGUACCAUACCCUGGCGUUGGUGGAAGGGAUGUUAUUGGUUUUCUCUUGAAUGGUUUCCGUUUGGAUAAACCCUCCGAAACACCUUUUGAAAUGUAAUUCUAUUUAUCUUCCUCGUACGAGUCACGAUUUAGGAAGAGUUACUAUUUUUAGACUUUUAGGUUUAGGGUUUGGAUUAGGGAAAGGGUUAGGAUUAAGAUUAGAGUAGGAUUAGAGUAAGGAUUAGGGUUAGGAUUAGGGUCAGGAUUAGGGUUAAGUUUAAAAUACAAAAGAAUACAAAAUUACAAUUUACCCUUCCUAAAACGUGACAGGUUUGCACGCGUACCAAACUACCAUCAUCAUGAUCAUGAUCAUCAUCAUGAUCAUGGUCAUCAUGAUCAUCGUGAUCAUGAUCAUCAUCAUUAUCAUUAUCAUGAUGAUUAUAACACAACCAUUAUAAUCACUGUCAUCACCAUCAUUACCACAACUAUCACUAUCAUUUUGACCAACACCACAAUCACCACCUUUAUCACCACCAUUAAUAAAACCAUCUUAGACACCAUCUUCACCAGUAUCACCAAUUUCACCACUUUUACUACCUUCAUCAUCAUGAUUAUCACUAUCAUCAUCACUGUCAUCAUUACCAAUCACCACACCAGAAGAGAACUUCCACAUUGUACAUACUCCCAUAACCAGACACUUCUUUUAAGCGGACACGACCCCCUCUGGUCCCAAUGUAAAUACAACUCUAUUAUUAUUGCUCCCGUUAGGUAGACGUCUACCUUCUUUAAUCGGGCACAUUUGUGAGCAGCUGUAUUUUGUUUUCCUAGUUAUGAAAUCAUGAAGAAAUGUUGGGAACCAAGUCCGAAGGUCAGACCUCAUUUUAAAGAAAUCGAGUCAGAGCUCGAAGCUUACCUUGAAGAAAGAGCGGUACGAAAUGAUAUUUAUAAAUUGCCAAGUUAGACGACUUAUAUAUCUCGUAUAAGUAAAAUUAGUUUGUUUCUUCCUCAGUAGUAACACUGGAACAAUAAGGAAUGACACUCUAGGGAAAACAAUUUGGAACUGAUAAAGCUGUCUGCAUUAUCAAUGGCUGUCUACUAUAAAUAAGCUAGUCUAAUUAAGGUUUCCUCCUGUAGUAAUACUGAACCAAUAAUGGAAUGCGUAUACCUCAAAGAAGAACAGUAGAGAACUGAUAAUAGUAGAGCUAGAAAAGGCAUUAGCGAAAAACAGCUGUCGUAGUAAAUGGGCUUUAUUUAUUCCCAGGAUUAUCUACCAGUUAUGAUAGACGAAGAUCAAGGUGAUCACGAAGAAGCCUACAUGAACUAUAUUGUGGGUAUCGAAGACGAUGAAACACCAAACGACACGAGUUUGUAA